GUUACUAUAAACAAUAUGGCGACUCCCAUGGCUUGGAUGGAUUUGCUGCAAAAUGCGCAGAAAACGUGUUUAGUUCAAGACGGGAGACGAAAAUUACAUUUUACAUUGCAAGAUGGAAGAGAAUUAGCUGAGGAGUAUGACCUAAAUACAAAUGAACUUGUUGUUCGGAAGUGGCGUAAAAAGUCAACUCUUGGUGGGACAGCGAAAUGGGAGUAUGAAGUAGGAGAACUGUUAGCUCCUCGUAGCCUUGACACAGAUGGACUUAUGGAGAGUACCUCCAAUCCAAUAUUUGUGAGAAAGGACACGGUGCCAGCUUUUCAAUGGAGAAUAAGGAACCUUCCCUACCCUCUUGAAACCUACUCUAUCACAUGUGAUGAAGACCAGAAUAUCAUCAUCAGAACAAGCAAUAAAAAAUAUUACAAGAAGUUUAGAAUACCAGACCUGGAGAGAUGUAACAUUCCACUGGACCAGAAAUGUCUCAGUUUUGCACAUGCAAAUAAUACUCUUAUAGUGUCUUAUAAAAAGCCAGUACAAAUAUUGGACAUGGAAAAGGCUCUCCUGGUUGAGUUUAAGAAGUUAAAAGCCAGCAAAGACGGAGAUGUGGACUGUACUCCUAGCUGAUGUUAUAAAACCUUGUGACUUGAAAAUGACUUGAAUGAUCCAUACAUAUGUUCAUAAAACAGGAUCUAUAAGUUUAUGAGAUGAGGAACAGUUUGUUGUAUUAGUCGAGUGAUUCCGUAUGGAAAUGAGAGGAAGGGUAAAACAUUUCUGACACUAUAGGACUGUUUUAAGUCUGCAUUGAUCAGAAACUUGUCUCUCAUAAUACUUUUUGUCAAAAGAAUUGAAUCAUUUUUUCCAUCUGUGUUGUGGAGUGAUCAAAAAGCUGUUAAUUUUUAAAAGGCUUAUUUAUUUGCCUAUUGUAUCAUUCCUCAAUAUUAAAUAUAUAUACUGUAUAUUUAUUCUUCUUUAUCAUUUUUUAUAUUUCAUAUUGAUGUUGAAUUGUUUUUCAUCAUUAACAUCUGCAACCAAAUUUAUGCAAUAAAAAGACUGUUCAUGGUAAUGAUACUUUGAUAUAUAUAAAAUCUGAUAUAUUUUAUAACUUUAUAAUUGUAUGAACAUUCUUCAAUAAUUGUUGUACCUCAUCUUCCUCAAUGAAUUACUUGGUGCAUUAAUUUCUGUGUAACUGUAUGGAAAUAACAGAAAAAAAAUAAAGGUGUUUUCUUGAC